AUGGGUGCGAUCAUAUCAAUAUUUCGACCUGAUUUUACCUGGCCCCGGCAGAUGAAACCAACAAUUAGCAAGACUACUCCGAGUAUCCUACCGUCUCCCGGAAAACUCCAAAGAAGGGCAUGGGGCCUAAUGCACAUGGUCUUAUGUCAUAUUUCGAAAUGCUUUGAUGGCCGGAUAAUUGAACUGCCCUUCGGGCUCAUACUGAAGUGGUCCGAUCGAACCAGCAAGGAGGAAGCUGCCGCGAUGCAAAUGGCACGAGCUGCUGGUAUGCCUGUUCCCAAGGUGAUUUCCUGUGGAGAGCAUCCUAAUGAGCCUUACAACCAUUUCUGGUCAAUAUUGAUGACAAGACUGCCUGGAAUUUCACUCGAAAAUUCGUACGACCUCCCGAUGUCGAGUCCGAAGAACCGUGGCUGUUUGAACUGA